UCUCUCUCUCUUACACACACAUCACACAAACACAAAAAGAAGCUUAAGACUCUUCUAUCUCUCUAGAAUCUUUCCACUUUAACUUUCUCACUCUAAAAAUCUGCCCUCAUUGUCUCGCCUCUGUCUACUUCAAGAAUUGAUGUCUCUUUAAAACACUUUCUCUUAUUUUAAAGCACCCUCUCUCUCUCUCUCUCUCUCUCUCUCUCUCUCUCUCUUUGAACACACUUCCUUUUUCGCAUAACACCCCCCAUUAAAACCUUCCCUCAAGAACAAAAAAGGAAAAAAAGGAAGCCCACAAUUUGAGAGAAAAAGAAAGUCUAAGGGAUCUAAACUCACUCACUUCUUAGGUAGAAACCAAGAUUCUAGAGAGAUCCUCCUAUCAUAGCUUACUCUCUUGUUUUAAGUUUCUGUCUGGUCCAUAGGGAGAAACCAAACCCCAUUUUCAUCCUUUUUUGAGGCAGUGAUUCAAACUUUUCUAGGACGAUCUCUAUCGUGUCAUCUUUGUUUAUGGAUGGAUUGAGUUUCUGUUAAAAGGAGAAAAGUGAGCCACACACACACACACUCACUAGUGCAGAAGCAAAAGAAGGAGUAACAAUAAUGAGGGAAGACAAAUCCAAGUCUAAUAAGCUGGCCUGGUCCAAGAAGAUGGUCAGGAAAUGGUUUAAUAUCAAAAGCAAAACAGAGGAGUUUCAAACAGAUGAUCCUUCUACUUCUGCUGGAGUUGAAGUAGAGCGCAGAAGUAGCUUCUCAGCAGAGAAAGCUCCCACCACAAUCAAGAAGACCAAAACUGAGAAGCUAAGUAAGAACUGGGAGCAGCAAGCUCGCCAAAGGAAAAUGAACUAUGAGAAUCCUAGGAUCAUUGAUGUCCAAAACUACAGCAUCUUUACUGCUACAUGGAACGUAGCUGGACGCUCUCCACCUCCUGACUUAAACCUCGAUGAGUGGCUUCACUCCUCAGCUCCUGCAGACAUAUACGUCCUCGGAUUCCAAGAGAUUGUCCCUCUUAACGCUGGUAACAUCCUUGGAUCCGAAGACAACGGACCUGCUCAGAAAUGGCUCUCUCUCAUCCGCAAAACGCUCAACAACCGACCGGGAACCAGCGGAGGAGGAGCCAGCAGCGGUUACCACACCCCUUCCCCUAUCCCUGUCCCCAUGGCAGAGCUUGACGCUGACUUCUCUGGCUCCACGAGACAAAAGAACUCCACCUUCUUCCACAGACGCUCUUUCCAGACCCCAAGCAGCACGUGGAACAACGAUCCUUCCAUCUCUCAGCCGGGUCUUGACCGUCGUUUCAGCGUCUGCGACCGUGUCUUCUUCACCCACAGGCCUAGUGAUUUCGACCCCAGCUUCCGUGGCAGCAGCAGCAGCAGUCACAGGCCUAGUGAUUACUCUAGAAGGCCUAGUGACUACUCAAGAAGGCCUAGCGACUACUCUAGAAGGCCAAGUGAUUACUCGAGACAGAGUGAUUACUCUAGACCAAGUGAUUACUACUCUAGACCGAGUGAUUACUCACGUCCGAGUGACUUCUCAAGGUCUUCAGAUGAUGACAACGGUACUGGAGACUCUCCAAGCACUGUCUUGUACUCGCCAGGCUCUGCGGCUAACGAGAACGGUUAUAGGAUCCCGUGGAACUCUUCUCAGUAUUGUUUAGUCGCUAGCAAACAGAUGGUGGGUGUGUUCUUAACCAUUUGGGUGAAAAGCGAGCUAAGGGAACACGUCAAGAACAUGAAAGUGUCUUGCGUUGGUAGAGGACUAAUGGGAUAUCUUGGGAACAAGGGAUCAAUCUCAAUAAGCAUGCUGCUUCAUCAAACAAGCUUUUGCUUCGUUUGUACACACUUGACUUCAGGACAAAAAGAAGGUGAUGAGCUGAAGAGAAACUCUGAUGUCAUGGAGAUACUCAAGAAAACUAGGUUUCCUCGCCUUAAGAGCUUAGAGGAGGAGAAGUCCCCUGAAAACAUCCUUCAGCAUGACCGGAUAAUAUGGCUUGGAGAUCUGAACUACCGGAUAGCACUCUCUUACCGGUCUGCUAAAGCCCUCGUUGAGAUGCAGAACUGGAGAGCUUUGCUAGAGAACGACCAGUUAAGAAUAGAGCAGAAACGAGGCCAUGUGUUCAAAGGAUGGAACGAAGGAAAGAUCUACUUCCCACCAACGUACAAGUACUCAAGGAACUCGGAUAGAUACUCUGGAGAUGACUUGCAUCCCAAGGAGAAACGUCGCACUCCCGCUUGGUGCGAUAGGAUAUUGUGGUACGGUGAAGGACUGCAUCAGUUAUCUUAUGUAAGAGGAGAGUCACGGUUCUCUGAUCAUAGACCUGUCUAUGGCAUUUUCUGCGCCGAGGUUGAGUCAGCUCAUAACAGGCUAAAACGGACAAUGAGUUGCUCUGCUUCAAGGGUUCAAGCUGAAGAGCUCUUACCUUAUUCCCGUGGAUACACCGAGCUCAGCUUCUUCUAGAUUGUAACCACACAUGUUUCACGGUGAUGAACUAAAGUGUUUUUUGGAUCUUUGAGUGAUGGAGACGUUACAUUGCUUCUUUAACUCAAAGGGAACAGGUGUAGAAUGUGUUUUUAUUUUUGGCCUCGGUUAACUAAUUUUCACAUACCGGUGGUUAUGUGGUGUAUCCGGUUCAUAGUUAUUGAUGGUUUUUGCUAACUUCUGGUGGAUUAGAAAUUUUACAGCUACGUUAUAAGGCAAUCAACUAACCCAACCAGAGAUCGCCAAGUAGACAGAUUAGGAAAGUUAUUUUGAUUUUAUUUAGUUUUCAUUCUUUUGAUUUAGCAUAAUUAGGGAAAAUAUGGGUUUCUGUUCUUUUUUUUUCUGUAAUCAACUGUGGUGUGUCCCACGGUAAUCAUUUUGUAAUGUUUAUGUCAAGUGUAACGAAAACUAUACCAAGGAAAAGAAGAAUUUCUAAUCACGGUAA